AUGCACGAUAUUAAAGCCAGUAUUGCAAGGGAAGUAGAAGUGGUCGACAAAGGACCAGUACAGCAUUUUCUAAGCAUGGAGGUGAAUCGCGAUGGUGAAACAGGUUCUAUAUCUAUUGGACAAAUGGCACUUAUUAGAAAACUAUUAAACGAUUUUGGCAUGAAUGACAGCCGACCGAUUGCUACUCCUUUGGAUGCAGGACAUCAAAUUAAUUGCAAUACUACAACGUGUAAAAAGGUGGAUCAGGUGCAGUACCAAUCCUUGAUAGGGUCGCUAAUGUAUUUAGCUGUGUGCACACGACCAGAUAUUUUGCACUCAGUGUGCAAAUUAGCACAGAGAAACAAUGAUCCGCAUACAGAGCAUUUAGCCGCAGCUAAGAGAAUUCUACGUUACUUGAAUGCAACGCAAGACAAGAAGCUUUUGUACCACCAAACCGGUAAAGAGAUGGAAUGCUUUGUUGACGCAGAUUUGGGCGGGGAUAGUAGUGACCGUAAAUCAUAUACGGGCUAUGCAUUUAUACUCGCUGGGGGAGUUUUCUCGUACGAAUCGAAGAAACAAUCGACGGUAGCGCUCAGCAGCACCGAAGCCGAAUAUAUGGCACUUACAUCUGCAGUUAAAGAGGCAAUAUAUUUGCGACAACUUUUGGGAGAAAUAAACCUCGAGUGUCCUAAGGCGAUUGUCGUAAAUGGAGAUAACCUCAGUGCUAUGAAUCUUGUGAAGAAUCCCGUGUACCAUACAAGAA